AAAACAUAACAGGGUUUAUAAAAUGUUGGGCCCCCAUUACGAGUUGAAGAAGUCUAUAAAUUAGGAUGUUAAGGUGAGCAGUACGCCAGUACAGGAAACGGAACGCGGAAGCGCGUGAGAGAGAGAUGCCAAGGCCAAGAACUACACGCAGAUCUGUAAAACAAAGGCUCCAAUAUAUACAAGUUAUCCAAGAAUUGCAGGAAGAGAUCAAAAUGUUACAGAUUUCCAACGAGAAACUGAAUGGUGAGGGUCUAGAAGGUCUGAGCUACACCGAGCUGGCUUCACUUGAAAGUAUGUUAAAGGAGGGCUUCCGGAUUGUGGAUGAACAAACAGAUAAGGUUUGGGGUUUUUUUCUUUUUCUUUCCCAACCUAAUCAUCUUUGUUUGAGAUUGGCACAGCAGGAGUUAUUACUCAGCGAGAUUGUUGAUUGCGAUGUUAUGGGAAAGGAAUGGCUUGACGAAAAAGAGAAAGAGGAUUCGGCUUACCAAUCGCUUCUGGCAAGGAGAAGAACAGCUUUGAGGAACAAGGCUCGAGAACUCCGCCUCAGUCCUCCUCAAGACAGCCCUCCUCAUAGCUAUGACCCUGAAACACUGAUGUUAACCAUCGAAUCUUUGAAGAUCGAGAAGGAGAGAUUACGGCUUUUGAACCAGAGAAUGAUUGGUAAAGAGCUUGACGGUAUGGGAUACUUGGAGCUGUUGGUGUUUGGCUGUGCGAUACAGGGUGGUAUGUUGAAAGCCGAAGAAGAGAAAAAUAAGAUAAAACGUGCAAGGCAGGUUCUUGGGGGCACAUGAAGAAAAUAUUGAAUAAGACUCUUGUGACUAUGUAUUGUACUUAGAUAAUUAUAUGUUGUUGGUUCUGGCUUUUGUGUGUUAAUAAUCUGUCUCUCUGGUGAUAAUUAUAUGAUCAAACUUAAAAGACU